CUGCGGCUGCACCGCGGCCGCCGAGUACUCCACCGACGUCCGCGACUCGGACUGCCGCCGAUACGUGCCGCAGAUCUCGUGGCCGGCCAAGCUGCGUCUGACGAUGAGUAUACGCGAGCGGAACGGGCCGGUCCGACCGCUCCUGGCACCCAUGUACGUGACCAUCACGGAACUCAACAACCGCUCCUCCUGGCGAAACCAUGUGCUGCUGGACGCCGACCUGACCCUCAUAUACAGCCGGAACACGUCGGCUCGCGACCGGCAGCUGGUGGACCCCCAGCGCAUCCGUAUCUUGAUGACGGGCACCGGACUCUACCACUUCCGCCUGCAGGUGGUGGAACACAGCUCCUACAACACCUUCUACGACGACUUUAUGAUAUACGUGGUGCCGUCUCGCCUGAUGUCUCAGGUACAACACGUGGUGUACCCCGUGGUGGGCAUCACCCUCAUCAUCAUGAUGUUCGUCGUGUUCGAGUACUAUCACCAGCGCUACGUGGGAGCUGGCGACGACGUCUACUCCGAGAGCGAGGAGGAGUACGGUGACGACGGCAAGUUCGAAGAGGCAAAUUAGACGAUGCCCGUGCGGUAUGAGGGCAAGCGAUGACAAGCAUCACCAGAAAGGGCAGGUGAUGACGAGCAUCACCAGAAAGGGAAGCGAUGACGAGCAUCACCAGAAAGGGAAGCGGUGAACCGAACAGUCGCGUCAAAGAGUUGACGAUGCGUUGUCGAGGUCAACUUUGCGAGCGCCAUCUGUUCAGCUCCGCCGUAGGAAUGUAACUAUUCUGUCGAUAGCAGUGGGUGUUGAAGAUCCCUCUCUGUGUAGGAUUCUUCGAAACAGCAGAUGCUUGUCUUGGAUUGGGGAGGUGAUGACAGUGAAAGGACGCAGCCGUUUUCUUCAUUCUGAAGGGAAAGGAUGACUGACAAUAUCUUCUAACAGGCGUCUUGAAAGACUUCCAGUCAAGAGUCUGCUUCAGCUGACUAAGAUGGUGCAAGAUAAUGCAAUGCGAAUGCCUCUUACUUUCCAAACUACAUUGCAUCAAGUACAUUUCAUCAUCACGGACAUUACAGUUGAAGUAGCCCCACACAGACCCACGCGCCUCCAAUCACUGCUGUGACAAAAAUGGACACAGUUCCCUCGCGAAUUCGAUAACCGCAGCAACCGUGCCUUUCGUAUUUCGUGUGACCAGUGAUGCGUCUUAUGGAUUCUCGACUGCAAUGAGUGGGGACAGGAAAAAGCCUGCUGGCUGUGCCUGUCUAGAGACAUGGACUGCUCUUUGUGAUGGCGUACUUGUAGUUGUCAUGUGCGGAAUGCUGCAAAGACAGUUUAUUCGCCUGCAUUGCUGCCUCGUUGUCGGAUAUCUAUGUUAUGUUUUGUUAUGCUAUUGCUUGGUUACGCUUUCAGUUUGCACUGACAUGUUUUAGCAUGUGUUGUGCUCAAAUAUUUCUUGUUCAUCGCAAU